AGAUAGCAAAACUAUGAAUUUCCAAAUUUUCUCUUAUUUGUUGCAGCGGCCAUUUUAGGUUAGCCUGCCCAAUGGGAUAGGCUAUAAAUAACUUAAUUAGUGUAAAAUUAUUAUAAACUAGUAGUAUUAACCAAAUCACAGGAUUGUCAGAUCCAUAAAGGGGUUUGAGACCAUGACGAGCAUGUUGUUAAGUCGCACUGUACCAUUAGGCUCAUUGGAACCAAACGUCGGAAGCAGCUGCGAAAACUUAUUUAUUUAUUUUUAUUUAUUAAGGGACGGUCAACCUGUAAUAACAAGCAUGUUUUUAAAUGCACAUACUCUGUUUUUACAUCUACGCCAUACAACCGUAAAAAAUCAUUUACUAGAUUAAAAAAUGAGGCAAAGGUGGAGUAGGAAUACAACUAAUAUUGAAACAUGUACGCUUUCUGUGUGUGUUGAGCUUUCCUUAGAUCAACCAAAAGUGUGGUAAAGUCACGUACUUCUUGGAGAAAUGGUAUCUAGCUGACAUAACUAGUGUGAAUCAGUAGGCCGGUUUUUCACUACUACUUUUUUAUGUUCCUCACUUCGAAAGAGAUUAUUAUUUUUGUUAUUGUUGUUACUGUCACACGACUCUGCGAUAAUGGAGGAACAUGACGAUUCGCCUAAACGACACGGAUGUGACCGUGGCCCUUGGUUGGUCGAGCCCUCUUUUGGUAUAUAUAUGUGCCCUCGGCAGUGAGAAAGGCAUGCAGUUCCAGCUGAAUUGUGUACAGCAAGCAACUAGAGCAACAAUGAACUCGUUUGCACUUUCGGUCUUCGUGCUGGCGGUAGGCGCCGUUUCGGUGUCGGCCAGUCUGCAGCACUACGUCGUGGAGAAGAGCUUCAACCAGGCACAGGCUGAGUGCGCCGAGUACCAAGGCGUUCACGAUGACGAUCUGCUGCGCUACGUCAAGGAAGGCUACCCCGAUGUGGAGGAGGUUCGCUGUCUGCUGCGUUGCGUUGCCUUCAACCUGCGCUUCUGGAACCACACCACCGGUCUGCAGAAGAACAUGGUUGCCGGACAUUUCGUGCCGUACCCGGAUGACUUCCACAACGUCGAGCGCACGGAAGCGUGUCUGGCGGAGAACCUGUACACCUGCGACGAUGACCUCUGCACCCAGGUGUACAAGGCGUUCCAAUGCUACUACCAGUACUACGGUGCCUUGAGCGAGUGCCCGCAGUUCGUGGUCAACUCCUACCUUGAGGAUCUGCAGGUCGCCUACGAUCUGUUCGGUAUGCUGGCUGUCUCGCAGUCCACCCUGCAGAGCCUUGCUGGAGGAUGCUUCCCGAGCGGCGAGGAGUCGCUGUGCUUCUUCUACUCGUUCGUGACCCGCAGUGGACUGUACAGCGUGGAGGAUGGCGCGAAGCUGGAGCGUCUCUACUACCAGUACAAGGAGGAGGUGUUCAACCCGAACAACGCCCAGACCGUCGCCUGUCUGCAGAACCAGAAGAAGCUGGCUUGCAAGAAGAGCACCUGCCAACAGGCCUACGAUACGUUCCAGAACUGCUUCGGCGAGUCGCGUGGUCUGGAGUACCUGCUCCACACCGUGUUCGUCGACGCUGCCAAGGCUUUCCUCGGCCAGCCCGUCUGCUACUGCAACAAGGUUAAGACGUGCCCGCUCCACAAGUGCUACGGACGUUAAGAAAAACGAAUGAUAAACCGAUCAGCAUGGCUUUAAGGUGAAUAAAACAAAGCAUUUGAGAAU